AUGAGAGAUCCACAAUAUUCCCAUGAUAGCUAUAAAAGGUCGGGCGAGCCGAGGGCCUAUUCCACCAACAUGCAGGUGAGUGGGGUGUCAUACCCUCCUCCUCGCUCUGGCAGGACCUCCGUUUCCAAAAACUAUUAUUACGAGGACUCCUCGUCUUCAUCAUGGGGAUUCAGUGAUCCCGAGAUCAAGAGAAGAAAGAGGAUCGCGUUGUAUAAGGCUUAUGGCGUCGAGGGAAAGAUGAAGGCCUCCUUGAGAGGUGGGUUUCGUUGGGUUAAGAAUAAGUGCUCCCAACUCAUCCAUGGAUACUAG